AUGCCAACAGACGCACCUCCUACCGAAUUACGAGCCCCCAGCGACAACAGCUCCGAGGAACAUUGCGCUGUUCUCACCUCCGUCAAUCGCUCUCAAUGUCCCAAAAGUGUCUUCGUCCCUGCGAUCCGAUCGUUGACCACACGAAGCCCACUUCAGUAUCCGAGCGAGCGCACGUUGAGGCCCAUUGAAGCCGAUGGGCAAAGAGAUGCACCAAGUGCAACUCUGGAAGAGCAAGCCGCCACUCACAACAUCACUCACGCCAUCAAAAGGCUCGAGAACCUCGUACAUCAGAUCUAUGAGCUGACAGAAAGCGAUGGCAGCGCUGCGAACGAUUACCAGGAGCAGCCUGCAUCACCAUAUCGGAAGCCGAAGCCUUCUCAGACCAUCACUGCUAAGGAACAUAGAUACUUGGCCACCGCCCGUCUUCCGACUGAGAAGGAAAAAGUCGAAGCAUUGCAGCGGCCGCGUCUGGUCUUCGAUCUCGGGGACACCACUGAGUCAGGUGAACGUAGAGACCGAGCUAAGCAGUCUCUUGCCCCAGGUGCUUUUCAGACUUGUGGCCCGGCUCAUGGAGAGUCGACAGUAACGAAGUCCAUGCAAGCGAAUCCUCAGCUAUCGAUUAUACCAGCCACAAAUGAUUCUGACGCCCACGCCGCCUCGAUCGGCGAAGCUCAGAAGAAGCACAUACCUUCGCCACGGCGCCCGGCGCCCCGGCCUCCAGCGCAUAAGCAGGACACCCUCCUCUCCCACCAACAGCCAUCUGACAAUCAUCACUCCCGUCUGGGUUUACCGCCAGGCCUAAAACCAGAUCGCCGAGAGGUGGCCCCUUUCGAAUACACGCAAGAAGGCCUGAACACACUUGCAGUCCCCCCUAGUGGGCAUGAACGACAUUUCACCCAGAUGUUCGGUGACAAGCCGGCAGGGUUCGAUGUUCAUGGUUCGUGCAACCAUGCGCCCAUUGCGCGCAACUGGCCAACGGCGAGGAAGCGAUUCACCGCGACCGUCGUGUGUAUCAAUACUGCGUGUCUAAGUCUGCUGAUUGGCAUCUAUUCAGGAGAAGUGCCGGCAAUUCAAUAUGUCAUCGCUGAUUUCCAUCAUUAUGCGAUCCUGGGCAACGUGUUUCUGUAUUGUGGCCUUGCGAUUUCGACUCUCUUACUCUGGCCGUUGCCCCUACUUCAUGGACGCAAGGCUUACAACGUCGCCGGUCUUGCCAUGGCGCUUGGACUACAAAUUCCCCAAGGCGUUGCGGUGAUUCAAUAUCGGAUGCCAGACGAGAUCACCUGGCGAAUUCUAUUGCUCUUGCCCCGUGCUCUUUCUGGUCUGGUUCUCGGAUCGGUCGUUAUCAAUCAGCUCGCCACUCUUCUCGAUUUGUUCGGUGCAUCUUUACAGAGCUCCCAUCCACACGGCGAGGUGGCUGACCCCUACGACGUUCGUCGACAUGGAGGCGGCAUGGGGUUUUGGUUGGCAGCAUGGUCAUGGUGUACCAUUGGACCAAAUGGCCUUGGCUUUGUGAUCGGGGCCUUAAUCAUCGACAACACAUCCGUGGACUGGGGUUUCUGGGCCUCGCUGAUAGUUAUAAUGCUGGUGAUGUUGCUCAACCUCAUCGCCCCAGAGACGCGACGGGCCGCGUUCCGGCGGACGCUAGCAGAAUUCAUGGGUAACACGGGACCCUUCAGUAGGGUCACACGUGGAGAGGUCAAAAUGCACCUAGACGAAACGGGGCCGUACUGGUGGGCGGAAGAGGUUCAGGCUGGCCUUCGCUUGUGCUGGCGGAUGGCUAAGCAGCCAGGCUUUCUUGCCCUAGCCAUCUACACGGCCUGGGUUAAUGCACAGUUCACGUUGAUCUUGAUGUUGUUGGGCGCUCUGUGCUCUCGCAACUAUCAUUACGCGCCUCUUUGGGUUGGCCUCUGCGCAAUGCCGUUGGUAUUAGGCUCUCUGCUUGCAGUGCCAUUCCAGAAGGCUUCGGUGUUGAGUCGUGCUCGUAAGCGGCCGCCACGAUCCGACAGCUCCACAUUUCACAAGUCGAGGCUGUGGACCUCACAUCUGGUUCGGCGAACGCUCUUCACAAUCCUGCUACCUUUAGCAGGAAUCGGGUACGCACUUACCGCUCGGGGCCCUCCAUUUCCUGUGGCCAUUCCAUGCACAAUGGCCGGUAUUGUUGGGUAUUUCACGAACCUGGCGACAGCAGAAUGCUUUGGUCUCAUCAUGGAAACAUUCGACACCUCUGACUUACAGCCAGGCAUGACUGGAAGACCUCUCCGAGGUUCAGUGGCUGCACGCACGGCAGAACUGCGAACAAACUUCACAUGUUACCCACGCGUCACGGCCGGGCUUGUGGUGACUCAGGCUCUCAAGUUUACACUGGCGGCGGCCGCGACUGGACUCGGUGGGGGGAUGGAGCGUCAAAUUGGUGCGAUGCAAGCGAGCGGUGUUAUGGCAGGUAUCUUGCUGGCACUUACGUUGGUUCUAACUGUGGUUUUAUGGCGGUGGAAGACGGUUCAAAUGAUUCCAAGCCAACAUAUCCGUCAUGGUCGAACAGGUUCAGAUUGGGAGCCGGUGGUGUUAGGAGAUCCGAGUAGUUUAUCGCGCAAGAUCAGCGUUCUUGAGGCUGGUCGCGAGACACGUUGGAGCGAGAUCCGACGACGGAACCGACUUGAAUCCAGGCUGACAGGAGGUUGA